AUGGAGUUUCCAUCUCAUAAGAAGAUUGGAAUGGAUAAGUUUAAAAAAGAUUUAUGGAAUUCAGCCAAAAAUGUUGCAAAAAUAAUUCAGCAGGAUAGAUUAGUAACACAAGCAGGAUGGAUAACAGUGGGUAGAUUUAACCGAGUAUAUGGAGUAUACCAAUUAAUUCCUGGUCCCGAAGCAACCGAUUUAGCAAUUAAUUAUUUAGUUACAUUAGUCUCUUGCGGUUUAUUAUUUAACUUAAUUGAUCGAAAUUAUUUUUGGGCCGCGGUGGCCGAAAUUACUGGUCUCAUUAUUUAUGUCGUUUUUAAGGGUAUUCCUUCGUUAAGUUCAUUGGGACUUGGUGUAGACCCCACUCCUAGCCCCGGACAUAUCUUUGCUUUAGGAUUAAUAGCAGGCACUUUAUCGUUUGGUGGUGCUUACCAGACUGUCAUUCCGAUUAUUCAAGCCGAAGCAGUAACAGUUGGUCAUUGGAUGACCCAAAAAACGUGUUUGGAUGCGUUAACCAUUGGCAACAUCCUUUCUACACCACUUGUAAUGUUCUCAACAUUUAUCGGAUUUCAAGCGGGAAACACAUAUGGAGGCAUCGGAUACGCAUUUCUUGAACUUUAUUAUCUCAUCGCUGUAACGCCUAUAGAUUUAUUAAAAAGUUCUGUUACCACUUCCACCGUUUUGAUUAAUUUACCGGAUAUUGACAAACCUAUCGCCGCUCAACAUAAUAGUAUUGCCGCUGUGGUUUAUAUGAUCACUUUGGCUGCCUUAUAUUCCUUUAAAACUCCUUAUUUGGCCUUGAUGUUAGUUAUAUUUGGCGCCAUUGCAGGUUCGUUUUAA